UGUGAGCGGCUCUGCCUCACUUCCACUGCCCGCUCCUAGGAAGACGCUCGGCGGAUCAAAGUCGGACUUUUACCCCGGGAAUAUGUCUCCGUAGGCCGGCGUGCCGAGGCGAUGACGUCGCCCGUGAUGGAGAGAGCGAACCCGCGGCUCCGGAGCUCCUGUCGGGGGUCAGGCCGGGCUGUGUGACGCGCUGCUCGGGCUUCAUUGUGUGCGAGGUGGCGCAGGAGAAAAGGAUGCCUCCGUGGACACGCUCGCUCCUCCCGCCGCCGUUAAACCGUGAGAACCUUCCCUUUGUCUCCGAGGACAGCGCUGAUUAGUGAAGGACACCGUCCACCAUGCUGGCCGCUGCGUCUCCAUGAAAACUCUCCAUGAAAACAAGGAGCAGGAGGAGGAGGAGGAGGAGGGGGGCUCCGCCAUGGAGGACAAGGAGAACAAUCUAAAGACGGCCAGGAUGUGGAGGGAUGCCGCCCUCCGCUCCAGGAAGCUGCGGAGCAACCUGCGCCAGCUCACGCUGUGCUCCAAAGACAACCAGAUCAUCCUGCCGGAGGACAUGGCGGAGAUCGAGGUGCUCAACCUGGGGAACAACUCCCUGCAGGAGCUCCCGGAGGGGCUGGGAUCCUCCCUGAACAACCUGCGCAUCCUGGUGCUCCGCAGGAACAAGUUCUCUGCGGUUCCUUGGGUGGUGUUUGAGCUGGGCCAGCUGGUGGAGCUCGACAUGAGCCACAACUGCCUGAGGAGCCUCUCUGAGGGGGUGGGCCAGCUGAAGGGGCUGAAGAAGCUCUGCAUCAGCCACAAUAAGAUCCAGAGCCUGCCGCCUCACAUCGGAGCUCUGCAGCUCCUGGAGGAACUGGACAUCAGCUUCAACGAUCUACGAGAUCUGCCGAAGACCUUCUCCAGCCUCGGCAGGCUGCGGACUUUGGAUGCGGAUCACAACAAGCUGAACCAGUUCCCUGCGGAGAUCCUGGCCCUGAGCGAGCUGGAGGAGCUGGACUGCUCCGGGAACAAGUUCGAGGUGUUGCCGGCCGACAUCAAGAAGCUGCAGUCCGUGAAGAUCCUGUGGCUCAGCAGCCUGCACAUGAGCACCUUACCCGAGUCCUUCUGUCAGCUGACUCACCUGGAGAGUCUGAUGCUGGACGGGAACAACCUCCGGAUUCUCCCUGCCGCCUUCGGUCGCCUACAGAGACUCAAAAUGGUCAACCUGUCCUCCAACCAGUUCGAGAACUUCCCCCAGGUGAUCCUGAGCAUCGCGGGCCUGGAGGAGCUGUACCUCAGCAGGAACAAGCUCACCCACGUCCCCGAGGAGAUCGGUCAGCUGGUGUCGCUCGCCAACCUGUGGCUGGACAACAACCGCAUCACGUACCUGCCGGACGCCAUCGUGGAGCUGGAGAAGCUGGAGGAGCUGGUCCUGCAGGGGAACCAGAUCGCCAUCCUUCCUGAUGACUUUGGAAAGCUGUCCAAGGUGAACAUCUGGAAGGUGAAGGACAACCCUCUGAUCCAGCCUCCGUAUGAGGUCUGCAUGAAGGGGAUCCCGUACAUCGCCGCCUAUCAGAAGGAGCUCGCUCACUCGCAGCUCGCCGUGAAACCACGCCUCAAACUGGUCCUGAUGGGGGCCAAGAACGCAGGGAAAACCCGCCUGAGGCGGAGCCUGGUGAGCACCCAGCAGGACUUUAAAGGGCCGCAGGGAAACCGGGGGAUCGAAGUGACGCACUGGGUGGCGGACGCCGACCGCUGUCUCACCUUUCUGGUUCAUGAUUUGUCAGGGAAGCAAAACUACGACCUCAUCAAACCCUUCUUCCUGUCCCCCGGUGCUCUCUACGUCCUGGUGGUCAACCUCCAGACCUACUCACCCAAAAACUUCUACACCCACGUGGGGUACUUUCUGCACCUCCUCGGGGCCAAGGUGCCCCACGCCGUGGUGUGUCUGGUGGGCACGCACGCAGACGUGUGCGGCGAGGACGAGCUGGAGGAGAAGACGCUGGACAUCCACCGACAGAUCGGCCUGCAGGAGAAGAGGGACAUGGAGGGUCUGAGGGGCCUGGCUCUGCAGGUGGACCAGGCGCUGGAGCAGGGCUUCAGCGUGCGCUCCUCCAGCCCCCAUGUCCUCUUCUACGGCGUCUCUGACAGGAACCUGAGGCGCAGGAAGAACCAGCUGCAGUUUAUGCUGAACCAGCGUCUGCAGAUCCUGUCCCCCCUGCUGGCCGUCAGCUGCACCCACAGCCAGAGGAACGUCCAGCGGCUCAGGGAGAAGCUCAUGUCGGUGGCCGACCACAGGGACAUCUUCCCCAACCUGCACCGGGUCCUGCCCAAGUCCUGGCACAUGCUGGAGGAGCUGCACUUUAAGCCCAAAGACCUGUGGCUGUCGUGGUGGGACUCGGCCCGUCUGGGGCUGCAGGCGGGUCUGACCGAGGACCGGCUGCAGAGCGCCCUGUCCUACCUGCACGAGAGCGGGAAGCUGCUGUACUUCGAGGACAGCCCCACCCUGAAGGAGUACGUGUUCCACAACCUGCCGCGCUUCAUCGGGAUCCUCAACGUGUUCUUCCAGCGGGACGAGUCCUCGCUGCUGGACCGGCUGCUCUCUGAGGGCGAGCGGGGGGACAAGGGGAGGGUGAGUCUGGCGAUGGAGGACGAGAAGGGGGAGAGCCUGAGGGUGACUCACCUGCAGCACCACGUGGAGGGCUUCCUGCAGCACGGCCUCCUGCCCUCCAACGUGAUCCGGCUGCUGCUGCGCCCGCUGAUCGAGACUCAGCAGGACCUUCAGCUCAUCAUGGAGCUGCUGGAGAAGAUGGGCGUCUGUUACUGCAUCAACAAGCCCCGCAGCCGCCCGCUCAACGGCGCCACCGCCUGGUACAAGUUCCCCAGCUACGUCAGCAGUGAGGAGCCGCGGGCGGAGGCGGCGGCGGGGGCGAGUCCUCAGCCUUUAAGCCACUUCCUGUCCAUGGAGCAGCUGCACAUCCAGUACAGCUUUCCCUUUCUGUUCCCCCCGGGUCUGUUCACACGUUUCAGCGUCCAGAUCAACAGCCACGUGGUGCAGCGCUCCGACGGACGCCAUCAGAUCCUUGCCUACAGAGGCAAAGUCCCCGUGGUCAUCACACACCGGCCCGCCAAAGGGAAGCCUGUGGCUGAGAUGCUGUCCAUCGCCAGCCACGCCUCCCUGCCCAACAUCUGGACGGCGUGGCAGGCCGUGACGCCGCUGGUGGAGGAGCUGAACGUGCUUCUGCAGGAGUGGCCCGGCCUGCACUACUCCGUAGAGAUCCUGUGUUCAAAGUGCCUGAAGAGAGGGUCCAGCAACCCACACGCCUUCCCAGGUGAACUGCUGAGCCAGCCGAGGCCCGACGGUCUGACCGAGAUCGUCUGUCCAAAGAACGGCUCCGAGCGGGUCAAUGUGGCCCUGGUCUACCCCCCCACGCCCACCGCGCUCAGCCCCUGCCUCAAGUGAUCUGCUCCUCUUCCUCCUCCUCUUCCUCCUGCUGCACCUCCCUCACCAUCCUCCUCCUCCUCCCCAAAACCCAAACCUGCAGCUCACGGGAUCACUGCCUCACAGGUUGCCGGGCCUCUCAGACGUGUCAUGAACCGUAUUUAAGGACUUUGAUGAGCACAAAUUCCUGCCUGAUCCACUCAGUAGCAUCUCUUCAUUUCAUGGCUCUAAUGUUCCAACACUUCUCCACUUUUUUACUCUGGAAUACUGUAGCUCAAAUCUCAAAGAACUCUGAUGGAUAAAUCCCCAAUCAAAUUCAGGAGAACUGUAAAAAAAAACACCUUUUUAAACCUGUUUAACUGUCAGCCUCAUUUCUGCCACAUCACUGCAUCUCUGGGACCAGGAGAGGAUCUUUACUGGACUGGAAUGCUCUGCAGUACCGGGUCGUCACUGGUUUAUUCUUCAAUACCGUUUAAUACGGUAUAGAGGACAGGGGCCGAGGAAAUUAAUUCACACAUUAGCACAAACACAAUUCUUUGAACAUGUGAAAGUUUCUGAUACUCAGAGGAAGGAAGUAGGGUUCAUGUAUGCAUGUUUACAAAGAGUUUCUUCCCUGAACAGAACCAUGUCCACCAUCUCUGUUAGGCAGAUCAGAUGCACAUGCAGGACUUUCUCCUGAGCAUGAAAAACUUCUCAUGAGCAUACAGACCCUUUAAUAACCAGGUCAAACCCUCACAUGAGCUGCAGAUCUCAGCAGUGCACAUGCAGAACUGUCUCUGCCUCCUGUUGCAUUGAACAACUCUCUUAUGAACAUAAAAAUGUGUUAAAGUCAUGCAGAACUUUCUCAUGAGCACAGGAAACCAUGUGAGGAGGAUCACGAGACUGUCUCCUGUGCUCAGAGGAAAAACGUACAUGUGCACCAGAACACUCCUGCCUUUCAGCCUCACAGUUUGAGCCUUUAAUCCCUGUACACUUCUCUGCUUAACCUCAAAUGUGCACGUAAAACUUUAUUGUAGAAACAUUCUCAUGCACAGAUAAAAAAACCUGCUAACGCUCAUGUUAAACUUCCACGCAAGUGGAAUCACACGUCAGCAGAGGAAACCUUCAUUAAAUUUCUCUGGAGUAGUGAAAACAUGCUUGUGCAGCUCUCUGUCCUCUGGGUCCUUGAUGAAAGGAUCCAGGAUCAGUUUACUGGAACGGUAUCGAAGUCUAACCCUGUGCAUCUUGACGACCCGGCUGCAGCAUCUCUCCCCAGCUCUGCCUCUGCAGGAGGACGCUGCCAGCAGCAGUAGGACGACGUGUGGGACUAGAGAGGAUCUUUAAAUGUUUGCUGGUGUAAAUAUUUGUCUGUGCCUGUGCUUUAAAGGCGAGCUGGGACAUGUCGGAGCUGUGGCUGUGUCAGACGCUUUGACUUCAGAUGAAUCAGGGUUUCUUUGUCCUGUGGAGACAAAAACAUCUCCAGACAUCUUCAGUCUGAGUGCUUCUAUUCUUCUCUUUAUCUCUGAGGUUCUGAUGGUUCUCCAUCGUCUUUAUGCACUUCAUACAUCAGCUGAAAAUGGCUCCGAGGGUUUGGUGAGGUGUUUAGAAAUGUUGACUAGGCUGGGGGAAUGUUUGCUCCACGCUCAUCUUUUGCAGGAUGUUGAUGUUUUUAAAACCACGGGUCUGAUAAUUAUAAAAUCUCUGAUUUUUAUCAUCAACAGCAUCAAAAAUCAGUCAAAAAUUUAAAUAUUCACAUCCUCAGUCACACAGAAAGAACGUCUGAAUUGCAGAAAUGUGUUUGCAACUUUUACCAAGAGUGUAAACCUGGAGGGGAGCCCGUUAUUCUUUAGCUCCUCCUACAUUGCACUUCAUUGCCAACAAAUUUGUGCAAUUUAGACUUUGUGUAAGACUUUAAUGGCAAUUUAUGACAAUUAAAAGGAAACCUUUGCUUUAGCAAUCCAAACUAACCUUUGCACGCUGUCUAAGUUGUACAAAACUGCUGGCAGAGCUAGAGAGGAACUCUUGCCCUUUUAUGAUCACUUCCUACAAAAGUGAAACCUUCUCUUUGUUCCUAUGCCAAAAACAGUUAUUCCUUCCUAAACACUGACCAUAUCCUGCCUUUUUGACCAAAUAUGGUCAUUACUAUUACCAAACUUGCCCUUCUUCCUCUUUAGCCUGACCUUCCUGUCCUAAUAUGGCCGCUACAACUUAAAUCCUCCAUUGUGGCCAAACAUGAAUUAAAAUUACCCUGACUUCUCCCAAGCCCCGCCCUCAUGUCCCAAUAUUCACUCCUUCAUUAGAAAAACCUUUGGACUGGCUAAGCCCUGCCCUCAUGUCAAAAUAUGGUCACUCCUUCAUUAGAGUGACCCUUGGACUGGCUAAGCCCCUCCCUCAUAUCCAAAUAUGGUCACUUCUUCAUUAGAAUAACCCUUGGACUGGCUAAGCCCCGCCCUCAUGUCAAAAUAUGGUCACUCCUUCAUUAGAAUAACCUUUGGACUGGCUAAGCCCCGCCCUCAUGUCAAAAUAUGGUCACUUCUUCAUUAGAGGGACCCUUGCACUAGCUAAGCCCCGCCCCAAUAUCAAAUAUGGUCACUUCUUCAUUAGAGGGACCCUUGCGCUAGCUAAGCCCAGCCCGCAUGUCCAAAUAUGGUCACCUUUUUUAAGAAAACUAACAUUUUCUCUGCUGUGCUGUGAUCAGAAACCUGCUCAGUUCUUCCCAUAAAGAGAUACAUAAACACAAAGAACCUUCAUCCUUCAGCUUUUGCUAAAAUGUGGCCGACAUAUUUUUGCAAUUUAUUCAAAAUGUAUUCACUGAAAAUGAAAAUUCACCAAUAUUUGGUUUCACAGAAGUUGUUCUUGUUGCUGUGGUGUCAAACAAGUGUUUAAUAAUCUUUAAUAGUCUGUUGUCAUGACAACCUUUCUUUCCUGACGACUAUACAUCUAUACAUGUUGAUGAUACUGGGAUAGCAGAAAAAGAGCUAAAUUUGGUAAAAACAUGAUGAUUCACCCUGACAUUUUUCCUUUAAAUGAGCCCUUUAAAGCUAAAUAUGACACAGCUGCAGCUCAGUACAACAUCUGCCGCCCGGUACAUCGUCUGCAGCCCGGUAUAUCAUCUGCAGCCCGGUAUAUCGUCUGCAGCUUAGUAUAUCGUCUGAAGCCCGGUAUAUCAUCUGCAGCUUGGUAUAUCAUCUGCAGCUCGGUAUAUCGUCUGCAGCCCGGUAUAUCGUCUGCAGCUCUGUAUUUCGUCUGCAGCCUGGUAUAUUGUCUGCAGCCCAGUACAUUGUCCGUGGUUGGUGUAUCGUCUCUAGCCUGGUAUAUCGUCUGCAGCUCGGUAUAUCGUCUGCCACCCAGUAUAUCGUCUGCAGGUCUGUAUAUCAUCUGAAGCCCAUUAUAUCGUCUGCAGUCCGGUAUAUCGUCUGCAGCCUGGUACAUCAUCUGUAGCCCGGUACAUCGUCUGCAGCCCGGUACAUUGUCUGCAACCUGGUACAUUGUCUGCAGCCCGGUACGUCAUCUGCAGCCCGGUACGUCAUCUGCAGCCUGGUUUAUUGUCUGCAGACGACGUAGUGGGCGUUGUCUGCAGCCCAGUAUAUUGUCUGCAGCCCGGUAUAUCAUCUGCAGCUCUGUAUACCGUCUGUAGCUCGGUAUAUUGUCUGCAGCCUGGUAUAUCUUCUGCAGCCCGGUAUAUCGGCCACAGCUCUGUUUAAUGGGGUGGUUGUUUCUUUCUUGUACAGUCGUUUGGUGCAGCAUGAUAUAGUAAAGAUGUUGUGAAGAUAACAGAUGAUUUUUAAUGCCAAGGACGAGCGAGGGGGGCGAGAUGUGUACAGAUAUUUAUCUCCAUGCCAUCAUCCCUGCGUGUAUUUAAACCACAGAUGAAGAACAUCAGGUCCGCGUCACUCCCUGUGCUCUCUCUGUUUCACUGUUUGAUGAAAAUACUGAUCCGUGUUGUUUCUGAUGUAAAUAAUAUCUUUAUUUUUAUAUGUUGACACUCAGCUUUGACUUUAUUUACAGUGCAAUGUGGUGCAUGACUCACGGUGAGGGUGCACACGGGGUUUCUAUGUAGCUGCUGUCUACAUGUCACAGGAUGAUGAGAAAAACCAAAUAAAGCGACUGCUGGCAUUAG